AUGAAGUCGGUGGUGGGGAUGGUGGUGUCGAACAAGAUGCAGAAGUCGGUGGUGGUGGCGGUGGACAGGCUUUUCCACCACAAAAUCUACAAUCGAUACGUCAAGCGGACCUCCAAGUUCAUGGCUCACGACGAAAGCAACCUUUGCAAUAUCGGCGAUCGAGUUAGAUUGGAUCCUUCGAGGCCGUUAAGCAAACGGAAGCAUUGGGUUGUUGCUGAAAUUCUCAAGAAAGCAAGGAUAUAUGUACCUCCAUCAGCAGCAGAUAAGGCUUCUGCUUCUGCUUCGAAAACUACUGGGACGGAAUUACCUGCAUCUAUCCUUGAACGUCUUAAACUUUCAAUUGUGGAACACCUCCUCCCUAUGGAUCCUCGCCAGUUAUCCGCUCUAGCCUCCCCUCCUAAGAAAGUUCGUCGAGGGAGAACUUCAGGAACUUACAGGGGUGUCAGGAUGAGGGCCUGGGGCAAAUGGGUUUCUGAAAUAAGAGUUCCAAAGACUGGACAGAGGAUAUGGCUUGGUUCAUAUGAUGCCCCAGAGAAAGCAGCUCGAGCAUAUGAUGCUGCACAAUAUUGUAUUCGUGGUGAAUGUGGGCUGUUCAAUUUUCCUGCUGAAAGAAGGCCACAACUUCCUGGUGGUCCUGUCUAUGCCUUGUCCAAGAAGGAAAUAAAGUCUAUUGCCUUUAAGUUUGCGUCAUCAGAUGCAUCAGUGCCUCCCUCUGUUAUAACUCCAGUGGAAAUGGUUGAACCAGCCUUGCCCAAUUUGCAGGUUUCAAAUCCAACAGGAUAUGCAGGUAAUGUGGAGGGUUAUGUUCCAACUAGUGCUUCAGAAUCAGAUUUAUGUUCAAUAGACAAUUUACAAUUGGAUGAUUUUCUCAUGCUGGACAUUGAAUGGAUAGACUCACUCUAA